AUGAGUGAGGACCGAGACGGAGAGGGGAAGAGCGCACGGGAGAAGUAUGUUCUCGAGAAUAUAUAUCGUGUUUUGAAGCAGGGUGGGUAUGUAGAGGAGCUGAAGAGGCUAUUUUUGAGUGCGCGAUGGGUGAAGACAGUGAUACGGAGAGGCGGGGUUUGGCAAUACGAGGAAGCUGUGAAGGGAUUGAGUAGAGACUUGAAGGGGAAAAGAGGAAGCGGGAAGGUGGGAAUGGGACGGGGAGAUGAGGAUGCAGUGGAUGGAAUGGUUUUGAUGAUGCGGGCUGCGCGACUGAGUGUACCGUUUUUUGGUGCAAGUAAUGCCGGGAUUUACUUUCAAUUGUAUGGGUGA